ACAAAGCUGUCAGUGCAAACAACGGGAUCCAGAGACACAACCAGGCGCCAUAAUGGACCUGCUGCACAGUGCUGGGGUGCAGGUGGUGCAGUACCUGCAGGAGAACUACCAGGGCUCCCAGGACUGGUUCCUCUUCAUCUCCUUCGCAGCCGACCUUAGAAACACCUUCUUCAUCCUCUUCCCCAUCUGGUUCCACCUCUGCGAGGCGGUGGGCGUCAAGCUGAUCUGGGUGGCCGUGAUCGGGGACUGGCUCAACCUGGUCUUUAAGUGGAUCCUCUUUGGGCAGAGACCCUACUGGUGGGUCCAUGAGACCGAUUACUAUGGCAACGCCUCCACCCCUGUGAUCCAGCAGUUCCCCCUCACCUGUGAGACCGGCCCAGGAAGCCCCUCAGGCCACGCCAUGGGUUCUGCUGGAGUCUACUACGUCAUGGUGACUGCCCUGCUGCCCUGCGCCCAGGGCACCCGGCACAGAUCCUGUGCAGCCAGGGCCCAGGACCAGAGCCUGGUAGUGCAGGGUGGGACAGGUCCCUUCUCCCAGCCAGCUGGGAGGAGCCCUGGGAAGGAGGGUGCUGCCUCCUCCCUCCUCACCCGGGAGACACCAGCAAGGUGCCUCCGCGGCCUCCUGUGGCUUGUGUUCUGGGCCGUGCAGGUCUGCGUCUGCUUGUCCCGAGUCUUCCUAGCUGCUCACUUCCCCCAUCAGGUGAUCGCAGGUGUCAUCUCAGGCAUGGCAGUGGCUGCCGCUUUCCGGCACAUCCCCUCCAUCUACAACGCCAGUCUCCGGAGGUACCUGGGCACCACCUUCUUCCUCUUCAGCUUCGCCCUGGGCUUCUACCUGCUGCUGAAGGCUCUCGGCGUUGACCUGCUGUGGUCCCUGGAGAAAGCCAAGCGGUGGUGUGACCGGCCGGAGUGGGUCCACAUUGAAACCACCCCCUUCGCCGGCCUCCUCAGGAACCUGGGCAUCCUGUUUGGGCUGGGGCUGGCCCUCAACUCCCAGAUGUACCUGGAGAGCUGCAAAGGGAAAAUGGGCCAGCAGCUGCCCUUCCGCCUGAGCUGCAUCGCGGCCUCGCUCCUCGUCCUGCACCUCUUCGACUCCUUCGACCUCCCCACGGACAGAGAGCUCCUGUUCUACGUCCUGUCCUUCUGCAAGAGCGCCGCUGCCCACCUGUGUGCUGUGGCUCUCAUCCCCUACUGCGUCGCCCAGGUGCUCGGGAGGCGCGACAAGAAGAUCCUGUAGCUGACCCGCAAACUUGCGUCGUAGCUGCCAAGCCAGGCUGCUCUUCGGGGCAGGGGAAUGUGCUCUGCAGGGCUCCCCCUUCCCUGUCCCACUGCAGUAACAGGUCUCCCAGCACCACGGACCUCACAGCUCUGGGGUACGUGAUCAGCUCCCACGCACGACUCAGUGCCGUGGAGUGGAGGGGGAAGUUCACUGUCUCCUGUCUGGGAAAGGAAGCGAGUGACCAUCACACACCUCAGUGCUGGCACAGGGUGAAAUGUAACGGGGUCCUCGUUUGGCCACAGCCCCUGGCCCAGCCCAGGCUGGCACAAAUGGUAACCUCUGCUCCAGAGAGCGAGUGGAUAAGGGGGCGGUCAGGAACGCUGUUCCAGCCGAGGGGGAGGGGUCCCACACAGAAUUCGGUUCUAGGCCACAGUCAGCCUCUUACACCACGACGGACCAAACGCUCUCCAGAGUGGGGAGCAGUCGGCACCUACCAAUCUCAUGGUUCAGUCCCCUCUGGGCCAGUGCGUUUAGAUAGGGACACACUGAACAACAAUGCUGUGCCUGUCAAUCAACUCGGCCCCAGCAGAGCAAGGACGGCGUGUCCAUGGGCUCCCGGGGCGGGAAAGCUGGCCUGAGGUUGCAAGGAGGGCCGUGGACGUGGGUGUGUCUGUGUGCGUUACCAGGGCUGUUACAGCUGGGCGGCACCCAGGGGGCCCGGGCUGAGGGACAGGAGCUAGCUGGGAAAUGCCUUUGGCAAUAAAAUUAGUACAUUCCACUCAGCCUUUCCCACCCUCAGGCCAUCUUACUGAUGGGGCAACCUCUGCUCAUUGCCCCGGUGGGCCCUCCAGACACGCAGGGACCCAGAGCCUCCAAGAGAGAGUCACACGAAUGGCCAGACCGAUGGUCCAUCUAGCCCCGUGUCCUGUCUCUGACAGGGGCCGGUGCCAGAUGCUGCGGGGGAAUGAACAGAGCAGGACAGUUAUCCAGUCCCCGUCUGGCUGAGGGGAGCAUUCUAGAACAGUGGUUCUCAACCAGGGGUACACAAACCUGGGGGUACACACAGGUCUUCCAGGGCGAACAUCAACUCAUCUAGAUAUUGGCCUAGUUUUACAACAGGCUACAUGACUAGCACUAGCAA